CAAGACUUUGUCCUGCUUCUCAGUCACUUCCUCUCCUGUGCUCACUUUUCCCCCUCUCGCACGCUCUCGCACGCUCUCGCACGCUCACACAGGAGGAGGUUCAGACCCUGUGCAGAGGCGUUUCAGCGUCCCGGACUUUUCUGAACAUUUUGCAGAGCGUUCCUCGUCUGGAUCCACCAUGAAAUCCGGCUUCCUCUUCUCUCUUCUUCUCAGCUUUCUGAUUCUGAUUUCUGACUCUGAAGCUCAGUAUCACUACCAGGGCCUGAUGAACUACCUCGAGAGCCGGAUGGUUGCCAUGGAGGAACGCAUCGCUUUAUGGCACGAGCAGAACAACCGCUACACCGCGGACCUGAAGAAGUUCAGGCAGCAGGCCUCAGACCUGCUGGAGAAACUGGGAAAAGACCACUCUAAACUGCGUCUGGACCUGGAGGGAGCCGGAGCCCGGGUGGACCGGGUCGAGCGAGAGAUGGACUACAUCGAGACCAAGAACCCUCCCAAACCGUGCGUGAAAGCAGCGGAUAAGAUGGUGGAGCAGGAGGCGGUGGUGAAGGAGAAGAAGAAGAAGGAAGAGUUCUUCGAGCUCUCGGUUUGCAUGGACCUUGUCUCGAGCAUCCGAGCCAUGAAGAUCCUGAAAAGGGUGGGAAGCCCCAAAGGAAUCUGGACCAAAGACGCCCGAACCGCCAAGGUCUACAUCUUCAACGGAACGUCCGAGGACACCCUGUACGAGUUCAACUCCAGAGAAGAGCUGUCCACGUCCACAGGACUUUCUAAAGGGAAGCAGAUCACCCUCCCGUCCGUGUGGAACGGAACCGGUCACGCGGUCUACGACGGGUUCCUGUACUACGUGAGCGAGAGGUCCGAGUUACAGGUGGUUAAGUACGACCUGAAGAACGGCUCGGUGACGGACAGCGCCGUGCUUCCCGUGGAGGCUCAGACCCCGGUCUACAGCCUGAACCCCGAGACCACGGUGGACCUGAUAGCAGACGAGGAGGGACUGUGGGCUUUAUACCCAGCCGGGAACACCAUCAACCUGGCCAAGAUGGACCCGGAGACUCUGGACAUUGAGCAGAUGUGGGACACGUCCUGUCCCCGGAACAACGCGGAAGCUGCGUUCAUGGUGUGUGGCACCGUGUACGUCGUCUACAACACCCGACCCUCCAGCCGCUCCCGGAUACAGUGCGUGUACGACGUGGCCGACAUGGUGACCAACGACGAAGCCCCGCUGCUGUACUUUCCUCGCCGCUACGGCGCUCACUCCAGCCUGAAAUACAACCCCGCAGAGAGGCAGCUGUACGCCUGGGACGAUGGCUACCAGAUCCUCUACAGACUGGCCCUGAAGAAGAAGCUGUGGGCAAUAGCGCCCCUACCUGAGGAAUAACUGUUACUACCACAAAAAAAAUAAAAAGCACUGCAAGAAAAACGCCUGACCAAAAAGAUUGUUCAUAAAUGUAACUAUUGAUGUAGUCACAUUUUGUAAAAUGAUAUCUAAAAAAAGAAUAAAGUAUAUUAACAUUUCAA